CCAGUGAGCUCAUCCUGGCUGCACUGGGAGGAGGGCGGGGCUCCAGCAUCAUCACCACCGGCCAUCACUGCUUCAUUGUGGGGUUGAUGCUGCGAUCGGAGCCGGAGGGGAGCGAGAGAAAUACGAAAUAACAGGAGCAUGCCAUGGACACGGCUUCACACCGGUUAGGACGCGACGCGCGACGGGACUAGAUGACGAGCCCUUUUGUCUGACAGGAGAAUGAGGAAGAGGAGGAUCUGGAGAACGUAGGAGCACCUCGGAAAGUUACUGUCAAGUCUCAAUGAAAGCAUCGGAGGAGACUGUCUAGUGUUUGACCCAAUGGCCAAGAAAGGGCGUACGAAGGGCGAGAAGCCCGAAGCGCUCAUCUCUGCCCUGCAGGCAGCCAAUGAGGAUCUCAGGUCCAAGCUGACGGACAUUCAGAUAGAGCUACACCAAGAAAAAUGCAAGGUGAGCAAGCUGGAGCGCGACAAGGUGCAGGAGGUGAAGCGGGUGAAAGAGCAGGAGCAGCACCGUCACACCGCCAUGUUGACAGAGCAGCGGGCCAAGUGGCACGAGGAAAAGCAGAAGGAGCUCCAGGCUCUCAGGGAAAACCUGACCCGGCAGCAUGAGCAGGAGCUGGCCCGCCACGCCAAAAUCAAAGACCAGGAGAACCAGAGGCUGAAAGCCGCACUGAGCGCCAUGCGUGAUGGCAGCGGAGAGAAGGUGCGCACAGCUCUGACGAUGGAAGCCAAAGAGGAGGCACGUCGCUUCUUUGACCAGGAGAGAGUGAAGCUUCUGCAGGAGAUACUGGAGCUGAAGAGUGUUAAGAAGCAGACCGACGAGGCUCUGAGCAACAUGAUCCAGUCCGACAAGAUGAAGGCCGGGGACCUGCGGUCCGAGCACCAGCAGCACCAGGAGCAGAUCUCCAAGAUCAAGUGGGACUGCGAGAAGGACAUCCGCAGACUGGUGGAUGAAAUCAAAUCUAAAGACCGCACUAUCUUCUCUAUGGAGAGGGAACUGGAGUCGACAUCAGGGUUCUUACAGAAGCUGCAGCUUCAGAAGGACUUGCUGGACGAACAGCUCUUCAUCGUCAAGGAGGCCGAGUGCGGCCUGGGAAGCCCGAAGAGAGAGAUCCCAGGCAGAGCUGGAGACGGAGCCGAGCACUGUGGCAGCCCGGACCUGAGGAGAAACCAGAGGCGCGUUGCUGAUCUCAACUCAACUAUACGCAAACUGGAGGACCGCAACUCGCUGCUGGUCGACGAGAGGAAUGAACAACUGAAGCGAGUUCGAGAGUCGGAGAAGCAGUGCAAGCCCCUGCUGGACAAGAACAAGCUGAUGAAUAAGAGGAACGAUGACCUGACCCAGACCAUCCAGAAGCUGGAGGACAAACUCAAGAGCCUGGCCAAGGAGAACCUGGAGAUGAAGGACAAGAUCAGCUCCCAUCCUCCACUGAAGAAGCUCAAGUCUCUAAACGACCUGGACCAAGCCCACGAUGACCAGGAAAUAGCCUUUUUCAAGCUCCAAGUCCUGGAGCAGCAAAACAUGAUCGACGAACUGACGAGGGAUCGUGAAAAACUACUAAGAAAGAAAAGGCAUAAAAGAAGUUCCAGGCCAAUAAAGAGGCACAUCGUAGUAGAUACAUUCUUCGGAUAUGACGAGGAGUCUAUGGACUCGGAGACGUCCUCGGUGGCUUCGUUCCGGAUGGACAGAACUCCUGCUACUCCUGAUGAAGACCUGGAUCAGGGUCUAGCCAAUGAGGAGUCGGAGCUGCGUUUCCGUCAGCUGACCAGGGAGUACCAGGCCUUACAGCGAGCCUACGCCCUGCUGCAGGAACAGAAGGGAGGCAUACUGGAUGCUGAGAGGGAAGCCAAGGCUCAGGAGCAGCUCCACGCAGACGUUCUCAGGUACAAAGCCAAAAUAGAGGACCUGGAGAAGGAACUGACCCAGAGGGGACAGGACUCCAAAUGGGUGGAGGAGAAGCAGCUCUUCUUACGAAGGAAUCAGGAGCUUUUAGACAAGAUGGAUAAGUUGGACUCAGAGAGCAGUCGGCUGCAGCAGGAGCUACAAGACUCCAGAGACCAGAAUGAUCUGUUAGAGUUCCGGAUACUGGAGCUAGAGGAGCGUGAGAGGAGGUCGCCUCCGUUCAACCACCUGAGGAUGCAUCCGUUCUCUGAGGGAGUCAGUGCUCUGCAGAUCUACUGCAUGAAGGAGGGGGUGAAGGAUGUGUGCAUCCCAGAUCUCAUCAAACUGCUCGACAUCCUGGGAGACAACGGGAACUUAAGAAAUGAAGAGCAAGUUGCCAUUAUUCAGGCCAGCACUGUUCUUUCACUGGCAGAAAAGUGGAUUCAGCAGAUAGAGGGGACGGAGGCAGCACUGCACCAGAAGAUGAUCGACCUGGAGGUCGAGAUGGAGAUGUUCUGUAAACAGAAAGGUUAUCUAGAAGAAGAGCUGGACUACAGAAAACAGGCCCUGGACCAGGCCUACAUGCAAAUCCAGGAGUUGGAAGCGACGUUGUACAACUCCCUGCAGCAGGACAAGGUGAUAAAGUACGGCGAGCCUCUGGACGAGCAUCAGCGGGACGAGCUGCGGACGGCGGUGGAGAAGCUGAGGAGGCAGAUGCUGAGGAAGAGUCGCGAGUUCGACUGCCAGAUCCUCCAGGAGAGGAUGGAGCUGCUGCAACAGGCGCACCAGAGAAUUCGUGACCUCGAAGACAAGACGGAAAUCCAGAGGAGGCAGAUUAAAGAUCUGGAGGAAAAGGUGGUGUGUCGGCGUGGAGGUCUCCUCGUGACCACAGUGUUAUUUAUUUUCUGGACAAGCGUGGAACCGUGUGUGUAGCAGUGGCUGCUAGUGUCAUUACAGCAGUGGCUGCUGUCAGUGUAAGGUGGAUGUGUUGUGCGUUGGCCAUGGAUGUUCACACUUCAGAUUUACUUUUUCUUUUUCUCGUUUUUUAUUAAAUGGGCACGGGGGUUCUCAGGACGCUGCCCGGGAUGAUCUACUUUUUAAAGCCGUGUUGGACAAUAAACAUCUCUCCAAUCAGCUGGGAGUACUGUAACAGACACACAACUAGAACACUUACUCAUGCAAACAGACAGGUUACGGACAGGCAUGCUGAAACAGAAGCAUGCAGAUGCACACACACACUCACACACAUGCACACACGUAUGCUUUGACAAAUCCAAACCAAAGCCUGGGAAAUGUUCUCUCUGCCAUGCAGGGUAAUAAUAUGUCAUUCACAGCCAUUUAGCCACAGUGGGGAUAUAAGUGAGACAGAAACACUCACAGACAACGAGGAAAACACAACCACCAGACCACAAACCUCUCCUCGUCUUUUCUCUUCAUUCCUUUACUUUUCAAACCGGGGGAGGACGUUAUUCAGGAGUGAAACCUCUCGGCGAAAUAGAAGCGAGCCAAACUCAGGGCCCUUGAGUGCGGAGGCAGCUUGAACAGUGCUGGUCUCGGGUCUGGUUGUGAUGAGGAACACUCCGGACGCACCGGCCGGCCCAGGACGGUGCUUUACACACCAAACUGCCCGGAGUUUACACCCUGGAAAAAGACAGACGUGCACUGCAGAGGCUGGUGUGUACAGACACUGAAGCAGGGGGAGGUAGAGGACACUCAGGGUGACAUGUCUUCUCCGGACACAACUUGAGCGAAGACAAAAAAGAUGACAAGCUCUCUGAUUCAGCUUCACUCCACCUGGAUCGUCACAGAAAAAAAAAUCUACAGAUUAUCAAACCGCUUCUUCUCGAAUUCCAACAGACUGUUUACUCUCUCUUUUAUUUUAUACAGCUCCCGCCAACCUGAUACUGUCUCUCACGAUUUCCACUGAGAAAACAAAUCCCUAUUCUGUACUCUAAUAUAUACAUUUGUUGAUAUGUAAAUGAAUGAUUUUACGUAGUUUCCCCCCCCACCCUUUUUUUUUCUGUGAAUAGUUUCUUUUCCUCUCUGAAGCAGCUUGAACAGUUGACGUAAAUUACUUUAAUUGCUCUGUUUUAUUGUGGUGACGGCUGCAAAGAUCAAUUUAAUUUCCUUCAAUUAUAAAACUGAAGAAUCGUUUGAAUAUGAAUGUGGAAUACUGGAAUAUUUUCCUCACCCGUUCCCCUUGUGUUCCCCUCCCUCUCUCUCACAUACAGUAUACUGGGUUCUACUGUUCCAACUGUGGUGGCUCUGGGUGACCAGCAAGUGGCGCUGUCGUCACCCGGGCAACUCUUAAAAUUGCCCUUUAAUUAAAGAGACAUGAUCUUUAAAACAACUUGUAAAUACUUUCAGAGCAAUGUGCAAAAUGAUCUUCAUCCAAUCGGGUCGGCUUAAGUUUGUCAUCAGUGAUGUCUGGUCCGAGAACAAAAUCAUUUGAAAUUUGAUGUAACAGGAAAAAAAAAACAUGAUUUCACCCAUAAUUCUGUCUUGGAAAUAUUGCAGGUUCUCCCUCUAUCCAUCUUUUUUUACUAACCAAAAUGUGUUUGAUACUAACGCUCAUCUUUUACUACACAUCACUGACCGUGCAGACGUCCACCCGCCACAAUAGGAAACAGGAGAAAGCGAAUGCAACACUACACCCGCUCCGCUUCUCUCCUGACGAGCCUGUAGUCCCUGCAAUAUUUACAAUCAGCUUGUCCCCUGUGUACCCGAGCCGGUGCGUCUGCCACCACACCGCCCCUCUGGCUCCAUUCACAGGUCCAGGGUGGCGCCUCUCGGUGGCGUCUCAUUACACCGUGACCACGACCCGCUCACUUUAACUCACCGAGGGGAAGGACGGAGGCUAUUUUUGUGCAAACUCAGCAAUCGAGCAGUUGCCUUAAAUGCACUUUCCCCUCUUGUCUCCGCUUGUAUGUUCCUUUGUAACAGUUGUUUUCUCAGGCGGUUGAUUUAUCAUGUAAUGUAUUGUGUAUAUAUUUAUAUAUAUUUUGUUUUUAUUUCACAGAGGAUGUUUUUUUUAAAAAAUCUUUACCCCGUCUGUCUUCCAAUGAGAAUUUAACCCCGAACCCUACUUUCGCCUAGAUUAUUAAAUAAAAUGUACAAAAGGAGAAAUGCUGUUAACAAUAAAAAAAAAUGAUGGCUUUGA